AUGGUUUGGUGUGAUUUCUGCGGGUCGAGGCAGGCGAUUCUGUACUGCCGCGCGGACACCGCUCAGCUCUGCCUGUGGUGUGACCAGCAGGUGCACUCCGCCAACGCCCUCUCCAAGAAGCAUCUCCGCUCCCAGAUCUGUGACAGCUGCGCCGCCCAGCCGGCGUCCUUCCGCUGCUCGACGGACGGCGACAGUUUCUCGGGCUCUGAUGGCGGCUGUGGUGGAGAUAGGGAGGAUUUAGAACCGGGGACGCCGAGGCGCGAACAGGAUGUGCAACAGGAAUUUACGUCGUUGCUAUUGAUGCCCACGCCGCCCAAUCACAACACCACCACUGCAUGUAUGUUUCAUAUAUGGGACUUCAAUCUGGGACAAUUGAGGGGCCAUGAGGAGUCUAGCCCCGUUGAACUAGAAUUUGGAGGAAGUGACAUGUACACUAUGAAAAGUUAUGGGGAAGCAUCAUUGGCAAAGAGAAGAGUGGUGGACAUCUCUGGAGUGAACUGUUCUGUUGCCAAGGAAGAUAUAAUCCCCUUUCACUCCAGAUUUCUGGCUGGUGGUGGCUAUUGGCUAUUGGCAUCCUAG